AUGGCUGUUGAAGGUGAACAUGUUUUAAAGAAUCAACUUGUUCUUGAUGAAUUUGUAGAAUACAUAAAAUACGAACCUAUGGAAAGCAGAUUUUUAGAAAUUUUUAAUGAAGACAAACUUGUAACAGGUAAAAAUAUGAAGAUCUCUAAUGGUGAAACUAUGAAAGGUGGAACUCUGAAAUGUAAAAAUGUGAAAGUAAGUAACAAUAUGAAGACAGUGAAAGGCAAAACCGUAGAGAAAUGUGAAAAUGUGGAAUGUAAAAAUAUGGGUGGCGAACCUGUGAAUGAAUUUAUAGAAAUUAAUGAAGUUGAAUAUCAUAAAUAUCAAUUCAAUGAAUCAAAUAAUCCUUUAGUUAAGAAAAGAAUGCUUGUAUAUGAAAAUGCUGAAAAGUAUAAGCCUAAUAAGACUAAACCAAUUGAACAACAGCAUAAUAAAGGAUCAAAAAAAAUAAAUUGUAAAUGGCAUAUCAACUUAAGUAAUCCAGAAGUUGGUGGUUUUGUACAUAUUACUCUCACACAUCUUGUAUACAAUCAUACCAUUGAUGCUAAAAAUAUAAGAUUUGCUACAGCAUUUCGAAAGUUUGAUGAAUCUAUAAUGAAUGAAAUUGAACAUGCAUAUUCUGAUAUCGUUUUAUAUAAUAAUACUUCAAGGACCAAUAAAUAUAAUUUUCCUCUAUCAUUAUUUAUUUUUGUUGACAAUUAUGAUAAAUCACAAUUGGAUAUACAAACUUUUUUAAGUGACGAAACUCAGGAGAGUUAUGAAUGGAUUCUACAACAAACUUUGGAUGCUACUAAUAUAGAGCCCCAGGUUAUAAUGACUGAUAUGGAUCAAGCAAUGGAUGCAGUUGAUUCUAUAUAUAGCAAACCAUUUGUUAGCACAUCAUUACAAAAAUAUCAAAAUGAGAAUAAUAUGUGCAAUCUUAUUCCUAAACAUCAUUAUAAUAUUCAGAAAGCUCAAGUUCAACAUUGUUUACAAAAAAAAAUGGAUUAUGGUCAUUUAAUGGCCUCGGUUAGCAUUGAAUUAUCUGAUGGACAUAUUUAUGAUGUUGAUUCUAUUAAAGAUCCAGUAGUAUGUAAAGAGAAAGGUAGACUUCCUAGCAAAAGAUUGAAAGCCUCUAAUGAAGAUAAAAGUAAGGGUAGUAAUAAGAAAACACAAAUAGUAUCUUCUGAUGAUGUUGAUAGUGAUCAUAGCGAAAUUAAGGCAAAUAGACUCACAAAUAUAUAA